AUGCCUCAGCAGCAGCCGACCGGCGGCAUGGGCCGCCUCCUUGUCGUCUUGGCGCUCCUCACCGGCCUGCUCUCGUCGGUCGUGUACCUGGCGGAGCAGCACCUGGACAAGUUCUACAUCUUUGAGCUGGACCACCUGCAGGACCUGGCCAAGCGCGGAAUCGCCCAGCACGGGAACAACACAAAGGGCGUGGUGCAGUAUAUUGUGUCGGAGCUGAAGGACAAGGCCCCCGCCCACGUCAACCUCGAGGAGGACUGGGUCUUCAACAAUGCCGGCGGUGCCAUGGGCGCCAUGUACAUUAUUCAUGCCAGCAUCACCGAAUACCUCAUCGUCUUCGGCACCGCCGUCGGCACCGAAGGCCACACGGGUCGCCACACGGCCGACGACUACUUCCACAUCCUGUCGGGCACGCAACUGGCCUACGUGCCGGGCGAGUACGAGGCCGAGGUGUACCCGCAGGGCAGCGUGCACCAUCUGCGGCGCGGCGACGUCAAGCAGUACAAGAUGCCCGAGGGCUGCUUCGCGCUCGAGUACGCGCGCGGGUGGAUCCCGCCCAUGCUCUUCUUUGGCUUCGCCGACGGCCUGUCGAGCACGCUGGACCUGCCGACGCUGUGGAAGACGACGCGCAUCACGGGCCGCGAGAUGAUUCUCAACUUGUUCAAGGGGAAGAUCUGA